AUGAAGUGUCUCCGGCUCCUGCGGACAGGGACGGCUCUGGCUGUGGCUCUGGCUGUGGCCCUAGGCACCUUCACUCUCUUCCUCCUCUGUCCGCAUAUGCCACCACCCUCCUACCCGGACCUGAAGGAGCCCCUGGUCACCCCCACGGCUCAGACCAGGACUCCUCCGCCCUCCCGGCCCCCGCCCGCCCCCUGCCGGGCGAACUGGUCAGUGGCAGAGCUGCCGGACUUCAAGCAGCAGCCGGAGCACGUGCGCAACUUCCUGCUGCACAAACACUGCCGCGACUUCCCGCUGCUGCAGGACGUGCCGCCGGCCAAGUGCGCGCAGCAAUCAAGUCAUCCAAGCAAUUACGAGCGUCGUUACCUGGUGCGGCGCACAUGGGGCCGCUAGCGUAAGGUGCGGGGAGUCCAUCUGCGCCGCCUCUUCUUGGUGGGCACGGACCCCAACCCGCUGGAGGCCCGCAAGGUCAACCAGCUGCUGGCAAUAGAGGCGCGGGCGCACCAUGACAUCCUGCAGUGGGACUUCGAGGACUCUUUCUUCAACCUCACGCUCAAGCAGGUGCUCUUCCUGCAGUGGCAAGAGACUCGGUGCACCAACGUCAGCUUCAUACUCAACGGGGACGAUGACGUCUUUGCACACACAAACAACAUGGUCUCCUACCUGCAGGGCCACAACCCUGACCACCACCUCUUUGUGGGGCACCUGAUCUACAAUGUGGGCCCCAUCCGGAUCCCCUGGAGCAAAUACUAUGUGCCAAACAUUGUGACACAGGAAGAGUACUACCCACCCUACUGCGGGGGCGGUGGCUUCCUGCUGUCUCGCUUCACAGCUACUGCCCUGCGCCGGGCUGCCCGCACCCUGGACCUCUUCCCCAUCGAUGACGUGUUCCUGGGCAUGUGCCUGAAGCAGGAGGGUCUGAAGCCUGCCUCACACAGUGGUAUCCGCACGGCCGGCGUUUGGUCCCCCUCGGCACAGCUGUCUUCCUUUGAUCCCUGCUUCUACCGGGAGCUGCUGUUGGUGCACCGCUUUUUGCCAUAUGAGAUGUUGCUCAUGUGGGACGCACUGAGCCAGCCCAGCCUCACCUGUGGCAAGCAGAUGAAGAUCUAUUGA